CCUAGAGCUAGGGACGGUUCUGUCAGUUAGCUGCCAGCAGCGGCGGCCAAAAGUGAGCAGUUCACACGACGAGGGAGGAGAACUUCACCGGCUUCAAGGCGUUUUCUCUUCCUCCCGCUGGAUGAUACGGUGUUUUUGUUUAAAAAGAGCUGCCUGGUCUGUUUACAUCACGAUGUUGGCCAUGCGUGUACAGAGACGGGAGAAACUAGCCCACAGCAGCUAACUUGGCUCACUGGGGAGAAAUACAUCCCAGAGUUUGGGGAGAAGGGCCCGCCUCACUACAGUACCGGUGGCAGCGACUUUGACAGCUUUUCCUGGCCGGGACAGAACGGUUUUUGCUGGAUUUAGACUGGAGCAGGGCUGGGAGUCUCUGUUCUUAAGCUUUUAUUUCUGGGACUGGACUGAAAGAGGAACGGUAUGGAAAUGUACUGUGACGGUACGUGUCUCUGUCUCAUCCUUCAACUGUGAAUUGCUUCGCAAAAACUUUCAGAGCGUUUGGUUUUGAGCAGAGGGACUUCACCCUGAAACAGGCAACAUGUCGGAAAUGCCUGCUGGGAAGAAGAAAAGUCGUUUCCAGAUCACGAGUGUAACGCAGGCUCAGGUGGCGGUGGCCAACAUCCCCGACGACACCGAGAGCCAGGACGACCCCGACGAGUCUCGGACGGAGGAUGUGUCAUCGGAGAUAUUUGACGUUUCUCGGGUGGAGCUGGGCGUGUGUGACAGGAGCUCGUCGGAGGAGACGCUAGAGUCCCAGGAGCCCGCCACGGGUCCCGUCAACGGGGGACUGCCCUAUAAAAGUUCAGCUGCUGGUCGUGUGACCCCUCAUACUGCAGGGGCCGGUGUGCCUGUGCCUGUAGCUGCAGCUCAGCCCUUUGUUUCCAGCUCCAACACCGCUGUCUCCACCGCCGCGGCUCCCACGGCCCCCAGCACUAGUUGUAGUUCUCGUUUCAGGGUCAUUAAACUUGACCACGGUACUGGAGAGCCCUUCAGAAGGGGCCGGUGGACAUGUACUGAGUUUUAUGAGAGAGAUUCAGAUUCAAAUAUCAAUCGGACUGUGGACACCAUAAAGCCAGCUGCGACUAUUGAUCACAGUAUAGACAGAGACAGUGGGUUAGGGGCCACUAAUAAUUCUGUUAUCACUAGCAGUACCUUUUCUGCACAGGCUUUGGAGAACACCGUAGAGAGUGGCUUUUCUGUCUCUGUGGGGCACCCCGCCCACUCUAACCCUCCAGAUUCUCUGCAGCAAGGCUACAGCUUGCCCCCUCAGAUAGGGAGUGGAGGAAGUGCCUUCCAGUCCACAGGUUAUACAACUACAGCAUCACAGCAACCAAAACAGGCCCAGGUCAAUAAGCAGCCCGUUACUCCCCAAGCUUUCCUGUCUAAUAGUCUAAAUGGUGUGCACCAAGCUGUCUUGCAGCAGAAGUCAUCCAUUAUACCUCCUGCCACACAGGCCCAGCAGUUUGCCUAUGCUGCUCAUCCUACUGCCUCUUCUAGCCAUCCAGACUAUCAUCAGCAACACUUUGGCUCAAGCACUCAGACCAUGACAUCCUCCUCUGCAGGGGGUUCAGGCGGCCAUGUAUCCUCGCCUCAAAUUGUCCCUGCUGGCCAAGGAACACAGGGACAGGGUGGUGAAGCAGGCUCAGCCCAGGGUCUCACAGUACAAGGGGGAAAUCCACAGGCCAUGGUCCCCAGCCUUCCAGGAAAUGCACACCAGCACCCUGUCAGCCAGGCCCAGCCUUCGGGAGGAUUAGUUGUCUCCCCGGGAUCAUCCAUCAUCACCACCGCCACCACCAUCCUUUCCCAGAUCGGUGGCCAGAGUGUGCCUGCCACAGUGCCCAGUGCAAACAGCAUCCCUUCAAGUGGGGCAAGUCCGGUGCCUGGCACAGGGGGACAAAUCCUGCUCCACAGAGGAGCCAUCACAGGUCUUCAGGCAGAAGAUUUCAGGCAGAAAACCGAUUCCCCAUCACAGCAUAAUGCUGGCCCUGGGAAAGAUGGUGUAAAGCCUUCCAUAAGCGAGGGCUUUGGUUUGGCCACUCCUGUCGUCAACAACCUGUUCAACAUCCAAAUUACCAUGGAUGUAGAUGAAGACAGUGCAUCUGGUGCCAGCGUUGUCGCCAUCGAUAACAAGAUUGAGCAGGCCAUGGACUUGGUGAAGAGCCACCUGAUGUAUGCUGUGCGGGAAGAGGUGGAGGUGCUGAAGGAGCAGAUCAAGGAACUAUACGAGAGAAACUUUGUGCUGGAGCGCGAGAAUGCAGUGCUGAAGUCAUUAGCCAACUCGGAGCAGCUCAACCACCUGUCCAGUCAGCUCACCAGCCCGUUGGCGCCACUGCAGCAACACCUGCACAUCACAAACGCCCCCUCUCUGGUUCACCACGAGGGGAGUCAGGGCGUCCCCCAUCAGCCAAAUAUCACCUCAGCAUGAACCCCCUUCCCUUUUUACUUGCAAACACACACCUCCCAUGGACAGGAGCGGAAGAUCCUGUUAGUAAAAACAACUACUAUGACGUCCCCUUAACCCCAUAAAGCAAAAAGGCUUGGCUUUGCUCUGUGUGCUCCAUUCGAAUACAAGUCGUCAACAGCAACAACAAUGUCUUUGUUUGUCACCAAGAGCCAUUAUUUAGUGUGUGCACAUCGCAGUCACUGGGCCUUUACUCUAAGACAUUUACCAGCCCUUUAAAAGUCUUACUCUGGUCCGGUUGUUGGCUGCAAGUGAAGGAGAAAAAAAAAAAAGUCGGAGCAGGGGAGCCUGUGCACACUGUUAAAAACUGAAUGUUGUACUAAAGAGCCUAAAGCCUAAGAGCCUAAAGAGCUCGAUUUGUCGGGACAAAGAGUGGUGGAAGACGUCGUUGAAACCCUGUGAAGGACCUCCAUGGUGACGAGAGUCCUGUUGAAACAUCCAGCAGGGACUGUCCUCCCCUCGUCCACACCCCCCGCAUCACUCCAGGGCUGGAGGAGGCCAGAGUGCAGAGCUGAAGGUGGGAUAGAGGAACCAUCCUCCUGAGCGGAGGACGCCGCCAGCGGGUGCCUCAGUUUGAGUGGAGUGAGACGACCGUCUCGCUUCUUAUAUGCUGCAUCAAAAGCUUGUGUUUUCUCAGAGCCACCGUACUUUGACAUGAAUCAUAGUUUUCAUUAGUUCAGUUUUAGUAUUUGCAUUUAUUUAUUUCAGGGCUGCUAUUUUCAAAUGUAAAUGAACAAUGUCACAGAGAUGCUUAAUAAAAACAGACAAAAAAUGUUUUUUUUUCUGUCUUUUUUUUUUUGUCUUUUAAAAUCUGUCAGGUAUAAAAUUUGCUCAUUUCUUGCAACAGGUAGAUGUCAAGUAGGCAAUAAGUUCUGCAAAAGAAAUUCUCAUGAACUAGUGCUAACACUAAAGCUGAGCUUUCAUUAGGUGAAAUCCAGGUUGAAUGUAUAUUUUGUAAAGUAUUAAGAGUGGAGGGUUUGUACUAGAGAACACCUGUUAAGAUAUGGAAUAUGUGAUGGGAUGUUUCGAUAAAGAAAACUAUUAAUUUACUUUUUCUAGACUUUGUCAAAAUGAAAGAUAGAAAUGAAUUUAGGGGUUUGGUUGGGCGGAGGGAUGAAAAGCUGUGAAAAUUGUUUGAAUUACUUUAUAACCAAAGACUCAAAGUUGUAUUUUUUUUUUUUCAUUUUUAAAUGCACACAUUUUUUUUCUACUAUCUCCUUCCCUAUAAAUAUUUUUUUUUGUUUGUUUGUUGCUGUUAUGCAUGUCCUGCAUGAUCUGUAACCAGACCACUUUCUUACUUUGUUUUUAUCCAGCACUCUUUAUUUUUCUGUGAAGUUGUCAAGUCUGUGAAUGAUUGAAAGAGGAUUUAUGAACAUGAAAGGGAACAGUAAGCGGAGAGGGUGGAGUACGUGGUUAAAGCAAGAAAUAAAGAAAAUGGGAAUGGUUUUGUCGGAGUGAAGGAAAAGAGGCGGAAUCUUUAUUCAUGAAAAUGCUGUUUGAAAUUUUAGAUGCAGAAAAGGGGGAUGUUACCUUGAACACUUUGCUAAACGGCAUUUGGUUUUCACUUGUAAUGUGCAAAACAAUAGAAACUAUUUAACAUUUCAUAUUUUAAAUCCCAUUCAGUUGUUUGAGGGUAUUAUGGGCUGUUUGUCACAUCAUUGUGCCUCUUGUACCGAUCCCUGCGGAUGUCGGGCGACUCGGUUUCUUUCUCCGUGGCUUGGAACCAAACCAAACUGCUUGUUAAUUGUACAAUCAAACAUCUUUUAGUUCAUUUUUCUUUUCUUUUUUCAAAUUGGUUUCUUUUCCUUUUUCUUUCAUUUGAAGGAGAAGCCGUGUACAUGCCAAAUGUACUGUAUGAAAGUGAUCACUGAGCCUUGGAGAAAAUAUCUUAACAAAUGCCCUUGUAAUGUGCUGUUGAGAUGAUUUUAGUUUUCAGUCAGAAAUAAAUAACUGUUUUAUUAUGA